AUGGAAUACAAACGUCUUCCAGAAAACUCUCCUACAGAGGAAUCCAAGCCCUCCAGCACAAUGCAGCCAUUUGACACGAUCGAUAUCGAGAAAAGCGCCGCCCUCUCAUCAUCUGGAUACGGCACAAUCCCAUCACACACAAGCAAGGAAGGCGGGUUGAGAACCCCACCGAAAGAAGGAGGUCGAGGAAUUUGGAUCAGUUUCGUGCAGAGCUUGAUGGCGGUUGGCAUGUUUACUGCAAUGGCGGUGACUCUCAUUCUGGUGGUUUUGUAG